UUGGGCAGAGACAUUCUGUAAGUCCAAAUAGAAGAAAACUUGUUGCGACAAAGUUUUAUCUUUCCGAAUGCCGGAUUUAGAGUGUGGGAGAGUGGGGAGUGGGAGGUAUGAACAACAAAGCGAUGGAUGUUCCAAACAGUUUACCAGAUACUCAGCAGAGUGAUGGAAUUAAUUAUAGUCAAGAUAUUGUUGAUAAUAAUAGCUGGGGUAGGCUGUAUGCCACAAGAAAGCAGUUUACCACUAUUGAAUUAACAAAGGAUGAGUACACUGUUGGACGAUUGCCAAAUUGUGAUGUAACAAUUACAGAAAGAGAAGUUAAAAAAGAAGUGCUGACAACAAUAAGCAAAUUGCAUUUUAAAAUAAGGAAGACGAAAGUAGGGGAUGCACAAGCUGUAUACCUGGAAGACUGCAGUUUUAAUGGAACAUUUGUUAAUGGCGAGAAAAUAGGGAAAGGCAGAGUAAUAGUGCUACAGAGCAAUGACCAAAUAAGCCUUGCUGCUGCACCUUUUCGGGUUUAUCUCUUCAUGAGUGCCAGCUCUUACGAUUCUUUGGACUAUCCUGAAGCUGUAAGAUCUCGGUACGUGAUAUCUCGGAAGCUAGGUGCUGGAGCAUGUGGGGAAGUGUUCCUGGUGUUUGAGAAGAAAACAUGUAACAGGUUUGCGAUGAAGGUUGUGGAGAAAAAACGAUUAACAAAAGGAGGAAGACAUUUAUUACUGGACCCAGAAAAAGUAAUGAAUGAAGUAAAAAUACUGACAUCCUUGAAGCACCCAUGCAUUAUAACCAUCCAUGACAUUGUGGAUACAUCAAAUAAAGUGUACAUGUUUCUGGAACUGAUGGAGGGAGGGGAGCUUUUUGACAGGAUCACCAAAAAAGAACAGCUUGGUGAACCAGAGGCAAAGCUGAUAUUUUAUCAGAUAGUUGUAGCUGUUCAGUAUUUGCAUUCAAAAGGAAUAACUCACAGAGAUCUUAAGCCAGAGAACAUAUUACUCUCCUCUGACAAAGAAGAAACUCUGAUUAAGGUGUCAGACUUCGGUUUAUCAAGAUUUGUCACCUCGGAAAUGACAACAGUCUGCGGAACACCUUUAUAUGCUGCCCCAGAGGUACUUGUAAAAAAUGGAAGAGGGGGCUAUACAAUGCAAGUUGAUGUUUGGAGCCUGGGCGUAAUUUUAUAUGCAUGCUUGAGUGGUUAUUUACCUUUUUCACCUGACAACAAGAAAGUCCCAUUAAAAGAACAGAUUAGGAAAGGCAAUUACUCCUUCCCAAUACAGUACUGGAGAGGUGUGUCUCCAGAGGCUAUUGAUUUGAUAAAGAAGAUGUUAACUGUGGACCCUAUUCAGAGAAUAACUGUUGACGGUGUUGUGAAUCAUUUGUGGCUUCAGGAUGAAUUAAUGCGAAAGAAAGCAGAGAAUCUUAUGAGAGAAGGCUUGCAUGGCAUCUGGCCAGAUGAAAAUUCUGACCCCGUUACAUGUGGACCUCAUCUUGCCAAGAGACCAAGGUUAGAUUGAUGGAAUUAAUUAACCUACAGUGAGAGGAAAGUACAAACGCUACCUGUACAACAGAAGUCAUAAGAGUGAUAUCGUACUUCGAUAGCUACAUGUUACCUGCAUUAAUUUUCAUGUGUUAAAACAUGUGAAUACACAAUUAGACAUAGAAAAAUUGUAUGUUAAAUCACAAGUGAUAAGGAUUGUUUGUUUAUAUUGCAGUUGUUUUUGCAUCACUUUUUUGUAAGAUUAUUAAUUUUGAAAAUUUUAUGUACAUACAUUGCUAUGUCCUUAUUGUGACUUUGAUAUGCUAAAUAUUUCCUUAUAGGAAAUUAUGUACUGAGCAAAGUAUUGUCAGAUCUGAGACUAGGACUAUAGAAGAUAAACAGUGUUUUUUUUUCCUCUCUCUCUCUCUCUCUCUCUCUCUCUCUCUCUCUCUCUCUCUCUCUCUCUCUCUUUUUUUUUUUUUUUUUUUAAAAAAAAAAUCACACCUUAACAUAGUGUUUGAUAUACAUGUUUUGCAUGCUUCACUUUGCUUUUGUCGUCAUAUAUUUAAUUUAUCCAGUUUUGUUGCACAUUUAUGCUGUUUUGUAUGUUUAUAAGACACUUUACUUUGUAUCUUCUUGCUACAGUUUGUUGUCGUUCCUGUAAACAUUAUUGUUAUUUUUCUAUCUUGAUAUUUUUAUAUGUUUCUCCCUCUUCUUUCUAUGCCUCUUUGUGAAAUGAACCAUUUAGAAGAUCCUACUUACAAAAGCUAUCGUAUUUUUCGAUAUAUGUGAAAUCCUAGUGACCUGUAAAUGAAUUUUUUUGGAGAAGAAUUUCUUGGUGUUCUUAGGAACUAAUUUAAUUUCAGAAAAAAAAGAAAGAAAACUUGAAAUAGUGGCCUGGAUGAACCAGAAUGUCAAAAUAAACUCUACAUAUGGACUUUUGUGUGAUCUGUUUUGUUCCUGUGGCCUGUCUUGUAAUGCACUUGUUUGAUGAAUUUUUAUAUUAAAAAUAUUAGACAACUAGCGUGUUUCAAUGGUGUACAGCUGAGAUGCUGCAUAUUUACUGUGUUAUUACUAACUACUGUUGUUAGGGAGUUUGCUUCUGUUAAUCUUACCCUCUGACAUGCACCUCUUUGUUAAAUAGUAUAAAAUAUAUAAAAUACUGCAGUCAAUAUUGCAGUUGUAGUAUAUUGAAACAAUGCUAUUACAUGCAACGAAUUCAGAAAGCAUGUAAUUGAUUACUUUUUGAGGUGAAACAUUCAGAAGCUUCAAUAAUACUGAGUGGCAGCCAUCUAAUUAUAACCUCAAGAUAAUUGAAUUUUGUGAAUAGCUCGAAAGAGAACUGUUAAAUUUUAAAAACAAUUUAAAUGAAAAAAUGUAUGAUAGUAAGGUUGAUCUGCAAAACUGUCUUUAAUUUGUGAUUGUAAUACAGUCUUAUUUAUAACAUUUGUCACAAAUAUUUGAUUCUGGUAUCAGCAGUUUGUAUUCAGGAUUACUUAAAAUACAUUACACACUGUCUUUUGCAUUUGCGAGAGUGAGCCUUCAUAUUGAACACAAAGUAUAAUUACUUGCUGGCUUACAUUAUGGGUGUUAUUAGAUCAUUGUCCAUUCAUUAUCAUGCUAAUAACAAAGCAACAAAUGCCUAGUUUCCGUAACCCCAAUUGUUUUAGUUCUGCUAUGCUGAAAACAAAUGCAUUACAUUUAUUCACUACAUUAAAUUAUGAAGCAUUUCAACAUGCCGCAUGUUUGCCAUUUAGAAUUUAUGGCAGUUCAGCAAGUUGCCUCACAACCAUCUGAAGAAAAGCACCAUCAGUAGAGCAAAUGAAGUCCUUUUUUUCCUGCUGGAAGCAUCAUGGGAAUUAGAGGUUACUGGAUUAGAAACAUAAGAAACAGCCUGCCGUGGCUUCGCAUGGGUAGCACCAAGUACUUUUGGCCAUAUGACUUGUCUGGUAUAGCUGUAAUAAAUUAUGUACACAAACCUUCCUCUUGAAUCAGUCUACCUGUUUUUGAACACUGUAUCGAAAUCUCUACAAUAUUUCCUGAGAUUAGCCCUCAUAUAGACAGUUUAAUUUAUAUUUGUAGAUGGCUGUCUCAGUUACAGUCCCCAGUAUUGCUGAACAUUAUGUAUAUUAUGCACAUUUACUCAGUUUAGUAUGUUUUGCUAGUUGUUUCAAAGAAUGACAUGUUAUCACUAUUUUACAUAUAAUUUUGUAAAUCCUGGAUUUUCCAUUGUUUGAUUACAUAUAUUUUUGAAGGAUAUUAUGUAUAUGGUAAAUAAUACAAGCACUGAGAUGAGGAGUGAAGCUAAUCAGCGUAGUGCUUUCACAUUUAAAUUCCAGUGUAUUCUGUAAAAAGUGAUAUGAAUGCAGAUUUAUUACUUAAAAUAUUUUGCUAUAGAUGUUUGAUAUAUGUUUGAAAUUUAAUGUUCAGUGCAUUGUCUGUAACACCAGUGACAAAAUGAACAAGAAUGAUUGUCAUCAUAAAAUUCCUUAUGUUAUUUUGCAAAUUGCUUGUAAUUUUUAUUAGUUACAUUGAAGCAAACCAAAUGGGUCUGACCAUUAUUGUCAUUUUGUUUGACUAACAUGGUUCAUUUAAUGCUAUGGAUGUAGAGUCUGUUGUGCUGUGGGUGAAGAGUCUUGUGUAAUGUGCCAAUCGAGGGAGCCUUUUUUUGUGAUAAUAUGAAAUUUCAUCAGAAUGUGCCAUAAAUCUCCAGAAGUGUGGUCCACUUUGGUGUGGUUAUAAUCGAAAGAGUUCUCAUUGUUACAUAAUAUGAUUCUUGCUAGAACAUGAAGUUAUUACUAUCUAUCUGAAAGGUCUAUGGAGAGUUGUUCAGCAAGUACAGUUGUUUUGCAGCCACUGUCUUGUAGCUGACUGUUCAAAUAAAAAUUGAAGGUAGAGUUAUGUUUGCAAAUUGACUGAUUGUUAAUAAGAUACUUUCUAAUUCAAUAUUAACAGCAGGCCUUAGGUAUUUCAGAAUCACAGAGAAUUUCUAUUCAUGUUUGGUAAUCAUCCAAUCUUACACUCAAGUGCUGACUUCUGGGGUCUUACUUUAUUUGUUACUCUCAUUUUCUUUUGACAUCCUCCUUGUUUUCAUGUCCUUGGUGAGCGACUACCCUGUGAAUACAUUUUGCCCCCCCUCCCCCUCAGUCUUAGUCUUAUCUGUACAUAUCUACAGGAUGUGAAUUGAUGCUAUAUUGUGUCUUAAGCAUGAUGUUUAUUUGUCAUUGAUGUGUAUAUAAAUUUUUUUGUGUAGAGGAUGGAAGUAAUGAUGGACUUAAAUUAUUUCUUCAUUGUGAAUGGAAUAACAUGAAUAAGAUCUCACUUAAUGAAUAAGACAGUGUAGCUGGUACAUGCAAAACACUGCCUGCUUUUAAUUUUCAAAUGUUGCUUUGUGUGUAAUUAAUUGAACUCAAAAUCAUUGUUACAUAGUGCAUAAAACCUAUGUAACUGUAAUAAUAGACCUGUAUACAAAACAAUAAAAGAUAGACAGUGCCUA